CGAAGAGACACUCAUGCGUACACUGAUUUUUCCUCACAUGAACACAAACGUUUACACAAACUACAUGUAGCAUCCGAAACACGAUAGAAUGCACUUUUAAGUUUGUAAUAAGUGUCGUGAUGAUUAAAAACUAUGAAAUAGCACAACACGCUAUUGGCCAGAGAGAAAUUACCCAAAACAACGCGAUUCCCACCCGGGGACCACCCACACACUGAAGGAGUCUGCGAGGAGAGGGAGCUGAAGCUGAGGUGGGAGGAGGACGCCAUUGCAGCCGCAGCUGGCCGUCUGUGAUUGAGGAGGGACAAACGUUAUCAAACUUCACAAUGUCGAGGGGCUCUUCAGACCUUUUUUGGACUCUGCCCCCUGUUACUGGGUUGUUGUGAGGAAACGGAUAAGUAGGAUGGACGGUUUGCCUUCGAGGAGGAGAAAAUGUGGGGCAACAGCGUCGAAACGAAGCAGUCUCCGACCAUUCCUUCACCUGUCGGGUGGCCCAGCGACUCAUCAUGAACACCAGUAGGAACUGCACCACAGCGGGAAAUGGUGAGGGUCUGCUCGCCCUGGAGUCGGUCUCCAUCGUGACCAUCACACUCCUCGCCUGCCUGGGAAACCUCUUGAUUGUGGCGACCCUCUAUCGCAGGCCUUAUCUGCUCACGCCCAGCAACAAGUUUGUGUUCAGCCUGACACUGUCCAACCUGCUGCUGUCCAUGCUAGUGCUGCCGUUUGUGGCCGUGAGCUCGGCGAAGAGGGAGUGGGUGUUUGGGGUCGUGUGGUGUAACUUCACUGCGCUGCUCUACCUGCUCAUCAGCUCUGCCAGCAUGCUCACCCUCGGAGCUAUUGCCAUUGACAGGUACUAUGCAGUGCUUUACCCGAUGAUCUACCCCAUGAAGAUCACAGGAAACCGGGCGGUCGUCGUCAUUGCCUAUGUGUGGCUACACUCUUUGGUGGGCUGUCUUCCUCCUCUCUUUGGCUGGUCCUCCUUUGAGUUUGACUGUUACAAGUGGACCUGUGUUGCAUCUUGGCACAGAGAACCAAGCUACACAGCCUUCUGGGUCACCUGGUGCAUCCUCCCCCCCUUAUUCAUCAUGCUGGCUUGUUAUGGUGUAAUUUUUCGAGUUGCCCGCAUGAAAGCCAGAAAAGUCCACUGUGGGACAGUUGUUGUGGCCCAGGACGACUCCGCUGGAGCUCAGAGGAACGGACGUAAAAACUCAAGCACCUCAACGUCCUCUAAUGGAAGCCGGCGGAGCCUGGUGUAUGCAGGGAGUCAGUGCAAGGCCUUUGUCACCAUCUUGGUGGUGAUUGGCACCUUCCUCAUGACCUGGGGCCCGUAUGUUGGGGUGGUGUGCACCGAGGCUUUAAGGGGACAAGGGAGUGUGUCUCAGGGACUGGAGACUUUGGUAGCGUGGCUGUCUUUCUGCAGCGCGGUGUGCCACCCGCUCAUCUACGGUCUGUGGAAUAAAACAGUCAGGAAGGAGCUGCUGGGGAUGUGUUUCGGAGAUCGCUACUACAGAGAGUCGUUCGCCACGCGGCAAAGGACAUCCCGUCUGUUCAGCAUCUCCAACAGAAUCACAGAUUUGGGUAUGUCUCCACACCUGACAGCCAUGCUGGCUGGUGGAGGACAUCUGCUGGCCCCUGGGAGCAGCACAGGAGAUACUGGCUUCAGUUUCACUCAGGACUCAUGCACAGACGUGAUGCUGCUGGAUAACUUCUCCACAGAUGGCUCCAACCUCCCGCAGCACCACGGGAAUCCAUCCGGGAAGAGGCGGAGCUCCGUCACCUUUGAAGACCAGGUGGAGCAGGCCAAAGCUGAAAACACCAAUGCAUUCUCGGUUCAAGUCCACGCAGAGGUACACAAAUCUCUCGACAGCUUCGCCUCCUGCUUGGCGAAGGCUAUCGAGAGCGACGCCAAACUCACCCUGUUUGGGGAGGGUCUGGCUCUGCCUGGGGGACUGUUUACAACCAGGGCAGCACCGAGACCCAGAUACCUGGAUGGUCAGAGACUGAGGCUGGAAAGUAUCGAUGAAGGGAUUGUUAAAGAUGACAGAGAUGAAGAAGAAGAGGCGGAGCAGGACGUGGAGGAAAAACCAGCCUGAAUGCAGCAGGUGUGUUUUUUGGACAUUUUUAUAGACAGUACUCAGUUUAUUAGUGAACUGCACACCUUCCACACCACUAUAUAUGACCAUCUAGAGCAUUCUGUGGUGCAGUUCAUGAAGUCUGAUAUUUCCACUCCAUACUUGAAAUUAUUAGGAAACAGAAAGAGAGGCCGCAUUAUUCAUUCCACUAUGCCGGACCAAGUGCACAUCAGUGUUUUACAAGCUUUUGUAUCUUCUCAUGUAAUCACAUAGGAAGCCUUAACUACUGUAACCUAAAUGAUCAGACUUGUUUAUUACUAUAUAUAAAUAAUGUCCUCACAAUCUGCAAUAAUAAGUGCCCCAUCAGGGCAGUAAAGUAUGAAAUAAUACACCAGUUUCUGUCUUCCAAAAGACUUGUAACACUGUUAUCAGAACACUUUAAUAUUUCUCUUUUUUGUGUUGAGAAAAGUAUGUUUCAAGCCUUUUUUUAAAAUUCAGGUACAGAGAAAGAGCCAGUUUGUGGUUGCAGUGGUCCACAUACAGAAGCAGGUGUUUUUUCAGUUAGCUGUGCCUGCAGAGUUGGACCUGUGACAGUUUAGCACUGUGCAUUGAUUUUAAGAGUAAAUUGAGUAAUUAAUCAUAGGAAAAACUCAAAUUUAUUAUAGUGAUGCCGUUCAUGUAUCUCCCAGCUCUAAGCUUCAUCAUAUGAACGAAGUCUGUCAGCAGAGUGAGUAGAAAUUACGGUCCUGACAUUUCAUGAUUAUCUGCGACAGUCAUUUUGCACUUGAACAUGCAGCGUGUGCCUGUUCUCAUAGAAACCACUUUAACUGGCGAUUUUUACAGUUUGGUCAGUAUUUUUGCAUACUGUAAAGCAGUAUGUUAAAAAUAAUGUGGUGAGGAUGACUUUAGGUUACAAUGAAAAGGGCUAAUAAGUAAAUGAAGUCCAAAAAUUAGUUAUUCAGACAUUUACUGUUAUCAGUAUUUCAAAGAUUAUUAUUAUUAUUAUUAUUAAUGGAAUUCCAUCAACAAAGAUCCACAUUUCUUAGUAUUGUGCACGUACCGAGCAGUGCACAGUGUUCAUGUUUUUUGCUAUAUUUUGGUAGUUUAAAGUUGACAAGAAAAAAAUUGUGUUUGGAGUUGAAUUGCGUAAAAAAUGGUCUCAAUCUACAACAGUACGUCUUAGUAAAUGUUAAUUGUUACAUGGAUGUCGUUUACCUCAGUUUAUACACUCCACCGCUGCCUUUACUGUUACGAAAGAGACUCAGAGACCGUUGUACUAAGUAGAGCGCUUCAGUCUUACCUCGUAUCUUCAUAUUAUGUUUGAAUGGUACUAUACACCUGAGAAGUGAUGUAACCUUUUGAUUUUCACUAUACAAUAAGUAUUAAUACAAAUAUUUUCAUUUAAGUUUUGUAUCAAGAUUCAUCUAUUAAACUUCUUUUUUUUUACAGAAAGUUCUCUGAGCGAGUUUUUUGUUUCCCUUGUUUGUGCUGCAGUGAAGCUGAACCAAAUGAUGUCCGUUACACUGCAACACUUACUGGAUUCUUUCGUCGACAACCAAACAGAAGCGUUUGCACUUUGAAGGCGCAUUUUGUCGGGCUGUCAUUUAAAAAUUUGGGUCUAUUGAAUUUCAAAAACUAAUUUGGUUGCGUUUGACCUUAGCUUUGUUAUUUAAUAACUGACUCAGCGCCUGCUGGUAUGAAGAGCUAGUUCCUCUCACGCAGGUACAGAACAGACAUGUCGGGUGGCCAUUGGCUGUAGUGUUUGCAGUGUGUUCAGGUGCUGCGACACAGGCGAUCUGAGGUGACGCAACAGUCAUCCUUUGUUGCUG